AUGAACUCCUCUGAAUUAUUUUCAGAGAAUCUUUGGAAAGUUUCUUUUCCGCUGCGAUGUUUUUGGUACUUUGUAACUCCAGGAGAGACUCUUUAUGAAAAACCCGAAGAUGUACCAGAUGUUAUUUCUCAAAUUAUUCCAGUCUUCGUAGUUUUAAUUUUUAUUGAAGCAUUGAUUUGCCAGUUCAGAGGCCGAUUCCGGUUCAAUGAUGCACUCGUCUCCCUUGGUAAUUCAAAUCUGCUCCGCGUGUUUGAGUUUAUCGGCGAAAAACAUCUUCCAUUCCUUGUGUAUACAUAUUUCUUCACCUACCACCGUUUUUAUACGUUUUCUUGGGAUUCACGAACCGCCUGGUGGCUUGCUUUUUUCAUGAACGACCACGGCUAUUACUGGGAACAUCGUUUUCUGCACGAAACAAUGGUCGGUUGGGCUGCUCAUCAAGUCCAUCAUUCGAGUCAAGACUUCAACUUGUCAACUGGGAUUCGCCAGAGUCUUUUCCAAAAAUUUUUCUCUGCUCCGUUUUAUAUUCCAAUGGCUCUUCUUGGAAUCCCUCCACAAAUGUUCAUGAUUCACCUAGGUAUAAGUUUGAUUUACCAGUUUUGGAUCCACACUGAACUAAUCGAUGGAUUCGGACCCGUUUACAACUUUUUCUUCAACGUGCCCAAGCAUCAUCAAGUGCACCAUGGAACAAACAAAUUCUGCAUCGACAAAAACUACGCCGGCGUUUUGAUCAUCUGGGACCGAAUUUAUGGAACGUUUGUGGAAAAGAAUGAUCACAAAGAUGAGAAAAUUGCUUAUGGACUACUUCAUGGGUCGGAGUCGUUUUCAUUUUCGUAUAUUCAACUUCGAUAUUACCGAUUCAUGGUUGAUGAGAUCAAAAAACAUUCAUCAUUGAAGGACAAAUUCCGGCAAGUCUAUAUUUUCAUGGCAAAAGGACCGGGUUACAGUGAAGAGAAGCCAAACAUGCGACUUGGAGAUAUUGAGGACUAUCCAAGAGGAUACCCUAAUUACAAAAUCUACGACCCCUACAUGUCAACAAAGCAAAGCUUCUAUACGCUUAUUCAAAUGCUUUCUGCGUCAUACUUGAUGAGCUAUUUUCUUGAGCGCCAAUCUGCCUAUUCUGAAUUCGAUGACGAGCAGAAAUUUUCAGCACUUUCAUGCGUUCCAGUAAUUAUAUUCUUGUUUCACUCAACAAUUAAUAUCUGCCAAUCUUGCUCAGGAAAAGAUCGAAAAUUUGAGAAAUCGAGGCUAUUUCUAGGAGUAGUCAUUUUUUGCUGGUUGGCUUUUACACUCGAAGAUCAACAAGAAGCACUGAUAAAAUAUGUUCUUACUUUUGUUCAUCUUAUUUGCCUAAUCUUUGCAAAAUAA